AGGCAUUAACAGCUUUCGUUAACUGAAAUAAUAAAAUGCUUAACUGCUUACAAUGAUCUACUUUAUAUACAUUUAAUUCAUAACAUGUAUUAAAAUAAUGAAAUUUAAUAGAAAAUUUUAAAGUUUCGUGAGAUAUAUAUAAUUGAUUGAGAACCACUGCUUCGAUUUUAUGCAAAAGAUAACACAUACAACGUGAUACGCCCAGCGGAUGUUUGUCCGCGCACGUUUAGUGCUGGCAUAGUUGGUAUUGAGGAAUACACAUAGGCAGCAUGACGAUUAAAACGGAAGGGAAUAUGAAGAUUGUACACUGAUUCAACAGAAACAGUGAUCUGUAAAGGAUAGAAAAACCAUGAUGUGGCAUGUGAUAGACUCGUCUAACCGCAAUCAGCUUCCGAAAGGGGCAUAUUUUCUCGUAGCGAAGCGAAAAACAGUUAAUCGAAAUCCUACGAUCGCUAUGUGACGUUUAGUGAAUAUUAAUAAAGAGUGUUGCUUUGGAAUGUGUGAAAGUGUUCGAUCGAGUAUGAUCUAUUGUCUUACGAUGGAAUCGAGCUGAAUUCUUCACGAUACUUUGAAUUUUUUAAACAAACGAGUACGAAUUCGACAGAUAUUUUUCCUAUAUUGUUCGAUCAAUAUUUUUCUUUUCAUUUUGAAGAAUUAGCAGCUUUCACUUUUGUGAUUACUCAAUCAAUGAAAUGAAUCAAUGAAAUGAAUUUAAAAAUAUUUUUUUUUUUAUUAAUAUAUAUAUCAAAGGCUAUUAACAUUCACUAUAGGCUAGAAUCAAUGUAGAAAAUUAUUUUAUGUUAUGUCUAACACAAAUAACUACGUACAUUCAAACAAUUACAAUAAUUACUACGAUUGUAAAAGAUACAAUCAAUUCUAACGAAUGUUUGCAUUAAAUCAUUGUUAUUUUCAAAUAUUAUUUUUUCUAAUGGGAUAAACUCAUGUUGUUCAAAAAAUUGUUUCAGGUUUGCAUAAUGACAAUGAUGAAUUGAAAUGCAAGAUAAAUAUAAAUAAAAAAUUACAUUAAAAGGUGUAAAUAGUAUCGUUAACAUUAUAUUCCAUUUAAUUAAAAUGACUUUGCAUAUACAGUCAAAAAAAACCUUGUUCAUUGUUAUAGUUUAUCUAUGUAUGUUCAUAUCUAACUUAUCUUUACACAAAAUAAUCAAUACCGUAUCUUCUGAAUAUCUAAUAUUUUUAGUUGCAAUAAUGAUGCAAAUAACUGCAGAAGGUAUCGCAUGCUUUAAAUGUUAUGCAUCACAACCAGGACAUGAAAAAACUGAUUUAUUAUGUUCUCAAUUUGAUGGAAGUUCACGGUUUCAAGUGCACUGUCCUUCAUCCACACUUUGCAGAAAGAGAACUAUUUAUUCCAAAUAUAAAACAUCUAUAAUCACAACUGUAGAAAGGGACUGUGCACCUCAAAAACGUACAGUACCGAUCUAUAGUGAUAACAAGUGGCAAAAUAAAGAAGAAAUUGUGACAUCCGCUUACAAAGAAGGUUGUUUUAUUGGUGAAGAUAGAGGGGCACCAGCUGGUCCACCAGAAUAUUGUUUUUGUGGACAUCAUUUAUGUAAUUCAUCACAAUCAAUUAAAAUCAUCAAUAUAUAUCAUAUUUUUAUAUCACUAACAGUAUUACUGUUUGCAACACUAUUAUGAUACUCUUCCUUUAAGUACUUACUAAAUAUGACAAAAAAUUUUUUAAUAUAUUUCAUCGUUGUUUAAAAUAUGUUAUAAAAAUCGAUCUUUACUUUACUUCUUUUAUAUUAAUUUUUAUAGAUUAUGAAACUGCGAAUUAA